UAUACGGAAGUUGAAAAAUAGAAUGGAAAAAAAAAAUUCCAUCAAUUAUUAUUUUAGGACAUUAAAUGUGUGAUUGGCUUAGAAAUAUUAAGAGUGGGAGUUUGCGAUGAUAUGAAAACUGGUAGGGGUUGGUGAAUGAGUACUGAGACGCUCAACGUCGCGACGCACUCCGUCGUCGUCACCCUUGUGAACAACCCAAAAAAAAAAAAAAAUCAUCUUCACUUUUUUUUCAACCCAAAAAUUACAAAAAAGCAAAAACCAAACUAUUAUUUCAUUUCAAAAAAAUUAAAAAAAAAAAAAAAAAAAUCAACAAAAUUUUUUUUCAUCCCCCACAUAAAUUUUCGGAGAGAAAGAAGCAGAAAAAUUUAAUUAAAUACAAAAAUAAAGUGAGAAAAAAGAAAGUAAAAAAAAAAAAAAAAAAAAAAAACAAACAAAAUGUCGAGCCUAUGGGAAAAUACGAAACUCUUUAAAAUUGUAAUAAUAAUUUUAUUGAAUAUUUUUCAAUUAACGAAAGCGGCGCCGAAUUUAAGUCAAAUGAGAAAAUCAUUAAAUGACGAUUUUAAUCCAAUUAUUUCACUUCUUUGUCCAACGAAUGAGCCAUGUUGGAGAACAAUUGACGAUACCUCGUAUAUUUUUGAGGAAGCGGAAAUGCAAGAACCGAGAACACAAAUGAUACGCGGAGUGAAUUCUGAGACGUGGCAUGGGACACCGGAAAAAUUAGAAUACCCGGAAAAAAGUGUACAAUCAUUAUUACCAUCAUUUGCUAAUCGAAUUACAAAAAAAGAUGUUUUUAUGUCACGUGGCUGGGGAGCUGGUGGAUUACCAUUUUCAGUUCUCUAUAUGAAUGCCCACAAUUCACGCAACAAUAAUAAUAAUAAUAAUAAUCACGCAUCAAAUAUAAAUUCCCUUGAAUCGUCGCCAUUGUCGUCGUCGUCAUCGUCUUCGUCGUCAUUGUCAUCGUCAUCUUUAUUAAAAUCAGCGACACAAUUACGCAAUACAGCAGAAAUUAUACCAUCGGGAGUGGGAAAAAAUAUUUUACAAAAUUAUCGCGUUCAAUUACGUAAUAAGCCAUCAAAUCAAACGCGUCGACAAUAUUCAAUUAUUCCACAAUUAUUUAUUUCCUACGGUUGGGGUCCGCAUGAAAAUUAAUGGGAUGGUUUUUUUUUUUUUUUGUUUCUAUUUUUUUUUUUUAGAGAGAAAGAAAGACAGAGAGAAUGGCGAAAUUUGAGAGAGAGAGAGAGAGAGAGAGAGAGAGAGAGAGAGAGAGAGAGAGAGAGAGAGAGAGAGAGAGAGAGAGAGAGAGAGA